AUGUCUAUAUUACAAUCUAGCGAUGCAAAUGAACAUCAUCUAAAGGCAUUAGUACCUGUUGGGAUUCGUCUAAUGUUUCAACGUAUCGGCGAAAUCGACACAUUAAAUGAAAAAUAUCAAGCACAAGCAUCGAUUGAAGCUCGUUGGAUAAUUCCAUUCGAUGAAUUGUUUGAGAUCCUACCACCGAAUGAUCGAACCAGUUUGAAUCAGGGAAAAUCGGUGUCGCUUAUUAAAUUUGCUGACAACCAUUGGCAUCCUCAAUUGUUUAUUGAAAAUGCUGUUGGAGAUCUGAAAGAACAAAUAAGAUAUACUGCGAAGAAAAUAUCGGAAGAUCAAGCUUGCAUAUGUGAACAUCGGGACAUCAAAGGAGCCUUUUGGGAAAAACUCGAAUUGAAUCAUUUUCCAUCAGAUAUCCAGGAACUAACGAUUUCGAUUGGUUCAAUGUUGUAUAAUGAUAGAGUAAUACUGAUUCCGGAUCCAUUUUAUCACAGUGGAGUAAAUCGCGAACCGUCCGUUGAUCAAGAACAAUGGUUAUUGUAUGAACAUGUCGAUACAAGACAACGUUUUGUUAAGGAAUAUUUCAACAGUAAUGGUGACGACGAAAAUGUUCAAUCAAGCUUGAACGAGGGACGCAAACGUUCAUUUGUUUCUGUGUCAUGUCAUGCAGAACGUCGUUCCGGUUAUUUCUACUGGAAUGGUUACUGUCUGAUUUUUCUUAUUACUCUUUGUGGCUUCACCGUUUUUUCUAUGCCACCCAAUCUACCUGCAAAUCGUCUGCAAACUGGAGCUACUCUACUUCUAACGUCAAUCACAUUUCGUUGGACUGUGAAUCGAUCUCUACCAACCAUAUCCUAUUUAACAUCUUUGGAUAAGUACGCAAUAAUUUCAAUUUUUAUACUUGUUGGCCUUUGCAUAUGGCAUGCAAUCAUCGGUGCUGUUAUCUAUAUCAAUGGUACGAUUAUAAAACUGGAUCCAAUUGACGCAGAUGCGUGGAUAGAUAGAGUUGUAUUCAUUGUUUCUUUUAUUUUUUACAUUUUGAUGCAUAUAUGCAUGGUUAUUUGGCUAUUUCUGGUGCCUCUUGCUCGCCAACAACAAUGUAGACGAAAGGAUGUUGAGUACAGACACAUCGUAAAUCAAAAAAUUAAUGAUAUAAAAUCUCAUGCACGACCAUAUGCUCUUGAUUUAUCAACCGUUGGAUACGAACUAUCUGGAAUUGUCAUCAUGAAUAUGAAGCUAUAG